GACUGGGAGAGGGAAAGAGUGAGUGAGGGAGAGGGAACAGCUUGCUGUUUGUGGAGCAGAACAGGACCAUGGUGUCUGGCAGUUGUGUAGUUUGGGUUGGAAUAUUGCUCCUGGGACUUGGGGCUCCGAAGACUAGGGCUGAUGAAUUCCAACACCAUGGAUAUGAGGAGAUGGUGCGCACACUGUUCUCCAUCCAGAGCCAGUGCCCAUACAUCACCCGCGUCUACAGCAUUGGCCGCAGUGUGGAGGGACGCCACCUUUAUGCCCUGGAGUUCAGCGAUAAUCCAGGCAUCCAUGAAGCAUUGGAACCGGAGUUCAAGUAUGUGGGGAAUAUGCAUGGAAACGAGGUGCUGGGUCGUGAGCUACUCAUCCAGCUUUCUCAGUUUUUGUGUGAUGAGUACCUAGCAGGAAACCAACGGGUUACAGAGCUUAUCCUUAACACACGCAUUCACAUUCUGCCCUCCAUGAAUCCAGAUGGCUAUGAAGUGGCAGCUAGGCAGGGUCCAGAGUUUAAUGGUUACCUUGUGGGCCGUGGGAAUUCCAGAGAUGUGGACCUAAAUCGCAAUUUCCCUGACCUAAAUGCCCUCUUGUAUUACAAUGAGAAGAACAAUGGACAGAAUCACCAUUUGCCCCUUCCAGACAACUGGGAGCACCAGGUUGAACCAGAGACUCUUGCGGUGAUUAAAUGGAUGCAAAGUUACAACUUUGUUCUCUCAGCAAAUCUGCAUGGAGGAGCAGUGGUGGCAAACUACCCUUUUGACAAAUCCAGAGAACCUCGUAUAAGAGGCAGGUCUAUGUAUUCUGCCACUGCAGAUGACAAGCUCUUCAAAAAUCUGGCAAAGACUUAUUCUUAUGCUCACAGCUGGAUGCAUAAAGGAUAUAACUGUGGAGAAUACUUUGAGGAUGGGAUAACCAAUGGAGCCAGCUGGUACACUCUAUCUAAGGGAAUGCAGGACUUUAACUACCUGUAUACCAACUGCUUUGAGAUCACUUUGGAGUUGAGCUGUGAUAAAUUUCCCCCAGCAGCCACUCUGGCCCGAGAAUGGCUAGCCAACAGGGAAGCUCUGGUGUCUUACUUGGAACAGGUUCACCAUGGCAUUAAGGGAAUGGUCUAUGAUGAGAAUAACAACCUGAUCAGCAAUGCAGUCAUCUCAGUGGCAGGAAUAAACCAUGACAUAACCAGUGGUGCAGAUGGCGAUUACUUCCGUCUACUUUUGCCAGGAACCUACACUGUAACUGCCAUUGCAGCAGGCUACCGGCCUUCCACCAGUACAGUGACAGUCGGACCUGCAGAGGCCAUACAGUUACACUUCUAUUUGAAACCAGCUCCAAAAGUGAAGAACAUGAAUGUGAGAGACCAUCAGGAUAAGAAAAGCUUGUCAGCAUUCAAAGUUCCUCCAGCCAACCUCGGUCCAAGAUAAAAAAUAAAUAAAUAAAAAGCAUCAAUAACCUUCCUUAAAAAAGUUGCCAAAGGAAGUUUAAAGUAUUGCUGUCACUGAAACAUACUUGCUCAGACCUUAGUCUUUCUUGGAUCCUAAACAAUAUGUUUUUCACACAGUUUUAUCUACUGAAAAUUAAUUCACACUCAUAUAACACUUAAGAAUGUAUUAUGCAUGUAUUAAAUAAUGUCAGAUUCAAUCAGCAUAUAAUUCUGAAAAUAAUUUUAAUAAUAAGGAGAUGUUAUGAUGUGUUACAAAUGUUGUACAUCAGCACUUACAGAGAAUCUCCUAAUCAACAUUUCCUAGUCAGGGUUGUCUUGAGAUAUCUUGAGUACAUAUUAAUUUAACCAAGAAUUAUCAUGAUAUCAUGGUUAUAUUUAAGCUUUUUACAUCUGUCAAAACUGUUUCAGUAUCAGUAGGAAUACUGUAUAGCACUGAAUAUUUACAAAACUGUAUAGACCAUUUCAAUAUCCUGUUUAUCUUCUUUAUGAUUUUAGGCAAUUAAGGAUUUAUUUAGAUUUGAGAAAUUUACGAUUAGAGUAAAGCAAAAGAUCAUAAAUACUACGCAAAAGUCUUUUGUAAGUAAAAUACAGAAACUACAAAAUUCAGAAAGUUAGAAUACAAAUACUUAAUGAAAAAAAUAUUUUAAAAAGUGUUGGAUACCUGUUGUUGUACAUUUGUUCACCAGAGGUCGCUGUCGUCCACUGAAAAUAUGUGUACAUGGCUGGUUUGGAACAACUAUUGUUUGAUUGAAUGUCUAUUUUCCCCUAUACGAACUAUUCUAUAAUUCACUGUAUUGUAAAUGAGUUAAAAUAAAUCAUUUUACCCUAAA